AUGUCUGAAGCAAGUUCAUCAAGCACAAUCAAUGGCGGCCAAGCUACUCUUCAGAACAAAGGAUAUCAGAAUGAUACCUUGAAUCCGUAUUUCAUGCAUCCAAAUGAGAAUCCGAGUAAUGUUCUUGUCACUCCUCUCUUAUUUGGUCCCAAUUACCACACUUGGUCUCGUGCUAUGAUGGUUGUGUUGCGCUCUAAGCACAAGUUACAUUUCAUCAAUGGAGCUCUUCCACGCCCACUUGAUGAAGACAGAGAUUCAAUUGCUUGGGAUCGUUGUAAUACAAUGAUCAUGUCAUGGAUUAGCAAUUCAGUUGAUCCGGAAUUUUCUCAAAGUAUUCUUUGGAUGGAUACAGCCUCAGAAAUUUGGAAGGAACUCAAAGAUCGGUUCUACCAAGGUGAUGUUUUUCGUAUCUCAGAUAUUCAAGAAGAAAUUUACACAUUAAAGCAGGGUGAGUGUACAAUUUCUGCUUACUAUACCAAAAUGAAGAAAUUAUGGCAAGAAUUAAACAAUUUUCGUCCCAUCCCUGCUAAUUCUUGCAUUGAUAAUUGUCCUACUAUGGAUAAGAUGCGUGCUUAUAGGGAUAGUGACCAAGUUAUUCGUUCCUUGAAGGGUCUAAAUGAUCAAUACUCUGCUGUUAGGUCACAAAUCAUGUUAAUGGAACCUCUUCCUAAUAUUGGAAAAGUGUAUUCCUUACUUGUUCAGCAAGAAAGGCAAUCUUUAAUUGUUUGCGAUGAAUCUAAACUUUUGGCUGCUUCUCGUUAUUCCAACAAUGGUUACCUUAAUUCUAUUGCUCAAUCCAAUCCUGGUAGAGGAUUCAAUGCCCCGCGUGGAAGAGGAGGUCGUGGAGGCAAGCCUUCUUAUGGCAGAGGCAGAGGUAAAGGGAACAGAAUCUGCACUUAUUGUGGUUUAACAAAUCAUGUUGUAGAUCAAUGCUUUCAAAAGCAUGGAUUUCCUCCACAUAUGCAGCAAGGAGGUGCAGCCAACAACUGUUAUAACAAUGACGCCGAAGAGGAUUCCAAAUCUAAUGCUUGUGAUGAGGACAGUGGUACUUUGGAUACAAGUAAGUUGAAUCUAACUCCUGAUCAACACAAGGCUUUGUUGGCUCUUCUUCAAAACUCUAGCAAUAUGAAAUCUCAUAGUGUGAACCAUGUUAUCACACAACCAUCUUCCAGUACAGGUACUCUUUGCAUCAUUCUUUUUCCUUCACAGCCAAAUGAAACUUUUAUCCUUGAUACAGGAGCUACAGACCAUGUUUGUCACUCUUUAAAAAAAAAUUCAGUAUGCUUGAUACAAGACACACUAUCUAGGAAGAUGAUUGGUGUAGCUGAAAUGAAUCAUGGAUUGUACACACUCAACACACCAUUCACCAAUCCUGUUACCUUGCAAUACAAGCAAUCUGCUGCAAUUUCCCAGCUUUCUACCACAGUCUUAGAUAAUAAGUCUUCUAGGAGUUUAGAUAGCUAUUCUCCUAGAACCAUAGAUAGAAAUAAUGAAUGUACUUUGUGGCACAUGAGAUUUGCCCACACCUCUUUUGAUAAGCUAUAA